GGCUGUCUAAUAUAGACACAGGUCUUGAUAUGACCAAGAUUACGUUAUAACACUAGCUAAAUAUGGAAAAGGAUACCAGCACCAAGGCUUCAUUUGCUUUUUCUUCUUUCUUCCCAUGAUUUCUGUAAUACUAACGUUAUUUCAGUGAAGUAAACCAGCUAACACACCGACCAGAAGAGAACAACUGGGGAUAUUGAAAAUGGCGUCGGGUCUGGUCUGGUCUCAAGCCCAUAGACAAGCCCCACAACACACGCCAUCUGGUGGUCCAAAACUAUAUUGGUUUAAGGAAAGUAUAUUGGACUAUUCAGUUGUACUAUAAUCCUUUGUUUGCUUUUACUACUAACGUUAUUAAACGGACAUUCGAAUCCACGCUACAACCACUUUUACCAUAUUUCUUUCAGCCAAUCAGCUCUUACGUUAGCUAGCUACAAUAUUGCAAAUGUGUACUAGCUAGCGAUAGCUAACUUUAGGCUAACGUUAGCUAACGGUACAUAGAUUCACAAUUCAUACCAUUGCAAGCUAACAAUUUAAUUGAUAAGUAUAAAACUAACCUAAUAUUUACACAGCCAAUUUAAAGACAAACACUUCGUCAUAAACAACACUAAACGCUAGACCAAAGACCUUCAGGAACGAAACGUGCCCAGUACCAGAGAUACUGGUAUUCACAGUCGGACACUAUUAUGGUUGGACACAGAGUACCGCGCAUGCGUACAAGGCACAUAAACGACAACUGGAACCUUUGACACUACUGCCGCAGUUACAUAUGCGAUGUUACAAUCUUAAUAUCAACCGGAGAUCCCAGCGUCAAUAACACCCGUCUACUAACAUAGCACAGCUAAACAAUAUUAAUACGUCAUUGUUUUCUGUCAUUUUAGCCGGCUGCUAGCUUGCUCCGUGCAGCAGUAGGAUCAUGUUUACCUCCCAAACCUCGUCCUUCCAGGAGUCAAUUGACGUGGAAGAGAGAGAUGACUUUGACAGCGAGGAAAUUGCUGGAUACAGCCAGAAAAUUCAGCUGAACUGCUACUACACCAUCUAUCUUUAUCAAGGCACAAGAUCUGAGGCUUCUGGGGCAAAUGUGGCGUGGAACCAGAGACGAACAGACUCCACAACAAGUCAGGAUGACUUUAGCCUGACACUGAUUGACAGCAGCCUGCCAUCAGAGGCGGAACCUGAGCUGCGGACCUACAUUUCAAGGAGGCUGAGCAAAGGUGCCCUGCUGGGAGGCAUGGGCAACAUCGCUACUGUGGAACUAAGUAUUCCAGAGCAGGCAGUCGGCUGCUACUGCUGUCUCCUGGAGCAGGAAAGGUCUCCUGAACAGCCUGAUGCUGAUGGAAACGGAUACGUCAUCUGCUUUAUGGGCGGCUCUGAAAAAGGACUGAACUUAUUUAGAUUAGAGCUUGAUAAAUAUGUCCAAGGCCUUCAUAGCAGUCUGCAAACCCCAGAGCUGCAGAACCUUGAGACAGAGGUGCGCCCCUAUCUGAGCCAGUGGUACGAGGAGUCUGUGAUGCACAUUUAUCGGGUGGUGCAGCUGGUCCAAAGCAACAUCAGCUUUUUGCUGCAUGCUGCUCUGAAUCACACACAUGUGGAAGUCAAUAAUUCAGAUGAGAGGACAAAGGCUGAUGUGUCCAGGUUCAUCAAAGCAGCCAGUUUGCAGGGUCUGUCCCAACAAGACACUACAACAGCUUCUCUGUGUAAGGCUAUCUCAGAGGACACACACUCUGACCUGAUCAUAGAUUGCUCCACCAGCCCACCCACACUCUUGAACACUGUCAGUAAUCGUUUCUGUGACAGCUGGAUUCAGGCAUUUCUAAAUGCUGCAGAGCGUUGUAAUCCUUUCCUGCUCAGACAGAUUCUGGAAAACUUCAAACUUAAGGCCAUCCAGGACAUGAACAGCCUGAAGCGUUUCGUGCGACAAGCAGAGAUGAGUCACUACGCCCUGUUUCGCUGCUGCCAGUUCCUACAGGGCUGCGGAAAUGGGGAUGUGUUGCUGCAGAAUGCCAGGGCGGAGCACAGCGACCUGCCUGAAGCCUGCAGCAUCAUCAGUGUCUUGGAGGAGUUCCUCAAAGAACAAUCCCAGGCCCAGGCCUGAUUCCAUUACACCUAACUCCAAGUUGAGGGGCCUGGGUACCUUGUCUGUUGCUGGUAAGACAGUCUGCUCUUCCAGCCACAAAGCAGAUAACCGAUACAAUUCUAAACCUAGCACUACAUUCUAUGUUUAACAUUAGUUCCUCAAAUAAAAGUUUAGCAGUGGGGGCAUUUUGAAUCUGUCAUCUGUUAGCAGAUUCAGAAUUUAAAUCUAAGUUAUAGGUUCCCUGUGCUGGCACUUCUGCUUCUAAGAUAGAGUGGUGGUCAGAUCUGGAAUAUGUACUGUAAAACACUGACAACUGACACUCAGCUUCCAUCAACCAAGGUUUAUUGACUCUGUAACAUCACUGAACUUAUCUUAACAAUUAAGGUUAGUUGCUAAUUGGAGAUGAUGGUAAAAUGAAUUGACAAGGACCUCAGUGUGCGGAUCAGUUUAGAUCAAGUUGUUGAGUGGCAUGUUCCCAAUCUUUUUCCUUUUGCAAUGUAUGUGUUGCAUGUUGAGUGUGGAACAAUACUUUGAACCAAAUAUUAUUGCUAGUGUUUUUGCUAACUGACAAUGAUCACAAAACAGAAUUGAUCCAAGCUAAAGCUUCUACUCAUUGGAGUGGGAUUUCUUUUGUUUUUACUUAUUUAAUAUCCAAAUAUAAUUUUGUGUGAUUGUACUAGCUUUCUUUUGAGAAGAAACCCAUUGAGGAUGCACAAAUCACAUUUAUGCGUUGCUUUUUACCUAGGCCUUGUGUGUGCUAAACAUUCCAACCCAAUACCUGCACUACAAUAUUAUUUUUGUCUAAUGAAUACCGCUACUGUAUGUACGUAUGUCUAUAAAGUGAUAUUAGAUGUAAGUUUAAUCCUUCUUUAUUGAUACAGUGUUGUAGAUAGCGUAGUUUGUGGAUAAUAAUUUUCUAUUUACAAAAUCCAAAUAGCAUUCACCAGCUAAAUACAUCAUGAGAACAAAACAGUCACUAUGUGACCGGUCACUCACUACAUUUACUAAGCAUUUGUUUGGUUUCAAAGGUUGUGCAUAAAUAAUACCCACAGGAAAAAGUAGAAAAUAAACAUGUUGAAAAAAGUAGAUGAUGUAUAACAGUACUCACAGUAAAUGUUAGCAUUCUUACGUUUUAUUUUCCUUUCAUUGUGUAACUGCAACAAGUUUUUGUAUUCCAUUGAACCCAUAAAGGGUUUUAGAAACUCAAACCAUUUCCAUUCAAACCGGUCCAAAGUGUGUUAUACAGCAAUAUGGUUGGUGGUGUACUAUACUUUUAAACUGUGAAGAAAGUAAAUGAUGAAUUUUCUUUUUUAACCAGUGUGACUGGCCCACAGUGCGUAUAUGUUGACAUUUGUGCACAGCGUGUACUCUGUAGUUAUAAAUGACUAAGUUGUUCUUGGUCUUGAAGUAAAUACUAAAAUAAAUACCACAGUUGAACCUA